AUGCAAGUCACAGAACACAGAACACAGAACCUUCUGCUCCUGUUCUCCCCGCCCAAGGCCUUGUGCCCCCCCAGGGAUCUCUUAGGCCUGGUCUGCACCGAGCCCCACAGCCUGGACAUCCUGAUCACGGGGCUGAACGAGCCGGGCGGGACUCACGGGUUCUUCAUGCUGGCCAAGCUGGACGGGCUGGAGCUCGCCUCCUACAGCAGCGCCAGCCGCGAGGUGAAACCCCUCCAGGAGUGGACAGCGCAGGCCGUUGGCGCGAGCUAUUUAAGGAAGAAGACCCAGGAGUUCAGGCUGUACGAGGCCAUCUCCCCAGUGGUGACCCACCGCUGGAUGGCGCAGCACAACCAGACCGGCGGGAUCCACACCCUGCAGCUGCACGUGAACUGUGUGCUGGACGGGGACACCCCCGUGCGAGGGCAGUUUCACUUUGGUUUCGACGGGCAGGAUUUCCUCAUCCUGGAGAGAAACCAAUCCGCGUGGGUGCCGCUGGUGCCGGGAGCCUCCAACGAGGCGCACUUCUGGGAUGCUGGUCACACCUGGACCCUGUUUGCCAGGGAGUUCCUGCAGGAGGAGUGCGUGGACACCCUGAGGAGCCUGCUGCGGGGCGGGAGGGAGGCUCUGGGACGGCAGGUCCCCCCAGGGAUCUCGGUGACCUACAGAGACGCCCCCCACGGCUCCGCCACCCUCUCCUGCCACGCCAGGGGCUUUUACCCGCGUCCCAUCCGCGUCUCCUGGGUGCGGGACGGGGCGGAGAUCCUGCCGCCCACGAACGCCAGCGGGAUCCUGCCCCACGCCGACGGCACCUACCAGAUCCGGCAGUCCCUGGAGAUCCCCCCACAGUGGGGCCACAGCUACGCCUGCCGGGUGGCGCACAGCAGCCUGGGGGAGCCGGCACCCACCACGGCCCUGCCCGAGGUCUCGGUUUCCCGCAGAGAUGCCCCCGACGGCUCCGCCACCCUCUCCUGCCGCGCCAGGGGCUUUGACCCGCGGCCCGUCCGCGUCUCCUGGGUGCGGGACGGGAAGGAGACCCUGGCGCCCCCCAUCGGUGACGCGUCCCAGCUCCAGUCAUCCGUGGGGAUCCCGCAGCAGGCCGGGGACGGGCACAGCUACUCCUGCCGCGUGCAGCACCGCAGCCUGCAGGAGGCGCUGGCGACUCCGGCGCCCGGGGAGAUGGGGGGCCUGGCCCCCGGGAUCCUGGCCGUCCUCUGCCUCGCUGUGCUGACUGUGGCCAGUGCCAUGGUGGCUGGUGUCGUGGUGUGGAGGAGAAAGCGCCUGGGUAAAGAGAGCGACCACGUCAGGGUCCCAGCGCACCUGGCAAAGGCUGGUGCAGAACUUCUACUGCCCCAGGAAUUCACAGGGGUCCCCCCUUCUGAGGUGUUGUCUGGGAGGAGAGUGAGGGGACCCCUGGACUGGAUGAGGGACGAGUGGGAUGGGAAGAUCAAUGGGAAAUGGGUGGUGGAGUAUGAACUAUGGGGAGAGCUCAUGGGCUUGGCCAGGGAGAACCCAGCCAGGGCCCAAGAGACGCAGAAGAGCUGA